AUGCAAACUCCAUCUACUAUAACUAGUAACACCAUGGAAAAGGAGCCAGAGGUUAACGUCUCUGUCACAGGAGAAAAGCUCCAGACUAUCAAUAGCCAUGACACUAAUGCCAUAGGUUACGAAUUAUACGAAAAAGCCCAGGAAAUUUACUCAGAUGAAGAAGAAGAGAGCAAAAAGUACUCUCACGUUUUGAAAAAAAUUGAUCGCAGAAUCAUACCCAUACUUUGUAUCACAUACACUUUGCAGUUUUUGGACAAAUUGUCACUUAAUUAUGCUGCCGCGUACAGCCUAAAAGAGGAUUUGAACCUUGUUGGACAAAGAUACUCGUGGGUCGCAGCAAUCUUUAAUUUUGGUUACUUGUUCUGGGCCAUGCCUGGUAAUUACAUUGUGCAAAGAGUUCCAGUUGCCAAAUAUACGGGAUUUAUGCUUUUCUCUUGGGCUAUUAUCUUGGUAGGCCACGUUGGAUUGAAAAACUAUGGUGGUGCAUUGGUAAUCAGAUUUAUAUUGGGAAUGUUUGAAGCGAGCAUCAGUCCCUCGUGCAUGGCCAUAUGUGGCUCAUUUUACACUAUAAAGCAACAACCGAUUAGAAUGUGUAUAUUCUUAUCAUUCAAUGGUGUUGCCACAAUGGUUGGUGCAUUACUUGGAUUUGGAUUGGGCCAUGCUACGAAUGCAAGUAUCAAGCCUUGGAAAUUGAUCUUUUUGGUGAUUGGAUUGUUAAACCUUGUUUGGUCUGGCAUGUUUCUUUGGCUCUGUCCAGAUUCGCCUGAGAGAGCCAAGUUUCUCAAUGAAGAAGAAAAAGCCGUAUUGGUCAAUCACAUUGCAAAAAACAAUCAAGGUAUGAAGGACCACCAUUUCAAAAAGUACCAAGUAUGGGAGGCAUUGCAGGACUCUGUGGUGUGGAUGUUGGCACUUGUUGGACUUGGAUGUGGUGUCAUUAAUGGAGGUUCGUCGAAUUUCGCCUCGGCAUUGAUUAAAGGUUUUGGGUUUUCGGGCUUGCAAGCCACAGCAUUACAAUUGCCUACAGGUGCAAUUGAGCUCGUCAUGGUUGUUCUUGGUGGAAUUGUUGCAUUUGCAAUAAAGAAUACUAGAUGUAUUGUAUUGUUUGUAUUUUGCAUUGCACCACUUGGCGGUUUAAUUGGCUUGCAUGUCAUCCCUUUGUCUAAUAAGUGGUCACUUGUUGGCUGUGCUUGGUUGCAAUUUAUCAUUGGCGGACCAUUUAUCAUGUCCUGGAUCUUGCUUAAUGCAAAUGUUUCGGGAAGUACGAAAAGAACCAUUGCAAACGGCUUUUGGUUCACACUUUAUGCCGCAGGAAAUAUCAUUGGCGCCAAUAUCUUUAUCGCCGAGCAAGCACCAAGGUACAGAUCCGGUAUAAUUGGGUUAUUAACCUCAUACUGCGGAAUCAUGGUCUUGGCGAUAUUAAUGGCGCUUGUUAUGAUACGUAGAAAUAAAUGGAAAAGAGCUGCACAAGUUGGGGUUAGCGAAGAAGAUAGAAAACAAGAAGCUAUACUUGCUGGAUUUAAGGGCAUGACUGAUUUUGAAAACCCGGGUUUUAGAUACUCUCUUUAA